CAAGCACGGCGCACUAGUAGCUCGCGACACGCACCACCUAACGCAACCGGCCAAGGCAACUCAAUCGGCGUGCUCCUGCUGCUGCUGCUUAAAUAUAGAUAGAGCUAAGGGUGCGUACCAGCUCAUCGUAGUACAUCGGAAGCACAUCGGAUCCAAGAGUAUCAUCGUCGGUUAGCCGUCGCCACCACCACCAAGAGGCAACACCGCCAUGGCAGCGCCCCCCUCCUCCGUCUCCGUCAGGGCCGGCGCGUCCGUCUCGGCGAAGCUGACCCCUUCGCGGGCCGCGAGGGCUGGGCUCGGUGGCAGGGUCAGCGUCAGCUCGGGCAGGAGGUGCGGCGGCCCCGUGCGGGCGUCGCUCUUCUCGCCCAAGCCUGCGGUGGCCAUGGACGCGCGGCCGAGCAAGGUGCAGGAGCUGCACGUGUACGAGCUCAACGAGCGCGACCGCGAGAGCCCCGCCUACCUCCGGCUGAGCGCCAACCAGAGCCAGAACGCGCUCGGCGACCUCGUCCCCUUCACCAACAAGGUGUACAACGGGAGCCUGGACAAGCGGAUCGGGAUCACGGCGGGGAUCUGCAUCCUGAUCCAGCACGUGCCGGAGCGCAACGGCGACCGCUACGAGGCCAUCUACAGCAUGUACUUCGGCGACUACGGCCACAUCAGCCUGCAGGGGCCCUACCUCACCUACGAGGAGUCCUACCUCGCCGUCACAGGAGGCUCCGGCGUCUUCGAGGGCGUCUACGGGCAGGUCAAGCUCAACCAGAUCGUCUUCCCCUUCAAGAUCUUCUACACUUUCUACCUCAAGGGCAUCCCGGACCUGCCAAAGGAGCUGCUCUGCACGCCCGUCCCGCCUUCCCCCACCGUCGAGCCAACGCCCGCCGCCAAGGCCACCGAGCCACACGCAUGCCUCAACAACUUCACUGACUAGCUGUACCUGUGAUCUACUCUACCUAGCUAUGUUAUGUACACCAACUGCUCGUGCAGUCGUGCAAGUUGAAUGAAUCUCCGUGUGUUGCAAUCCACGCUCAAAAUAAUUUCAAGUGCUGUACGGAAAUAUGAAUUCUUCUCCCAAUAAAAUAUUCAUAUUUGUUACUA